UAAAAGUUUUUAAAAUUAUACUUUGUUUUAUAAUUAUGUGUAUCAUGUGUGUUCUUCUUAUUUUUUAACUUCUAUUUGAUUUAUAUUUUAUUUUUAUAGGGCCUAAAUCUGCAGCAAAAAAUGGUUUCUCUUUUAAUCAAAAGUCAAAAUAUGUUUCCACACUUUACUUAUCUCAAAUGAAUCUUGGAAAAUGUUAUAUACACACAUCAUCUAAUUUAAGAAAUGAAGUUAGAGAAAUUAAAGUACCUACAUUUCCUGAAUCUAUAAGUGAAGGAGACUUAAAUUGGAGUAAAGCUGUUGGAGACUCAGUUGUAGAAGAUGAAGAGAUCGGUCAAGUGGAAACAGAUAAAACAAAUAUUCCUGUAUUAGCCACAGCAGCUGGAGUUAUUGAAGAAUUGCUUGUUGAAGAUGGAGCUACUGUUACUCCUGGCUUAGUAGUUUGCAAGGUUAGGGUUGGAGCUGAGGCAAGUGCUCCAAAAGCAGAAGUAUCUGAAAAAACAGCCGCCCCACCUUCUGAAACUGUUCCCUCGCAAACCCCUGCGACUGAUGUAAGCUCUCCUCCUCCAACAACACCACCACCAAUUCCACCAAAACCAACUGCUCCUUUAUCAUCCAAGCCAGUGUCAUCCAUAAAAAUACCUGUUAUUCCUAUGCCUUUACCUCCUGGUCAAGCUGAAUCUACUAUCACAGAUUCAAGAACAGAAACAAAGGUGAAACUGAAUAGAAUGCGACAACGCAUAGCUCAAAGAUUGAAAGAAGCUCAGAAUACAUAUGCUAUGUUAACAACAUUUAAUGAAGUUGAUAUGUCAAAUGUCAUUGAAAUGAGAAAUAAGCAUAAAGAUGCUUUUCUUAAAAAGCAUAAUAUUAAACUAGGUUUCAUGUCAGCUUUUGUGAAGGCAGCUGCGUAUGCUCUGCAUGAUCAACCCGUUGUUAAUGCAGUUAUUGAUGAAGAAUUUAUAGUGUAUCGUAAUUAUAUUGAUAUUAGUGUGGCUGUGGCAACACCUAAGGGGCUUGUUGUUCCUGUUAUUCGAAAUUUAGGAAAAAUGAACUAUGCUGAUAUUGAGAAAGCGAUUCAUGCUUUAGGAGAAAAAGCACGUACAGGAACGUUAGCUAUUGAAGAUAUGGAUGGAGGAACUUUUACUAUUAGCAAUGGCGGUGUUUUCGGUUCCCUUUCAGGAACGCCAAUAAUUAAUCCUCCUCAAUCUGCAAUAUUAGGAAUGCAUGCCAUCAAGGAACGCCCUGUUGUCAUUAAUGGAAAGAUUGAAAUUCGGCCUAUGAUGAACCUUGCCUUGACAUAUGACCACCGCCUUAUUGAUGGCCGUGAAGCUGUUGGAUUCCUGAUUAAAAUUAAAUCUGCUGUUGAGGACCCUAGAAUUAUGCUUAUGGAUCUUUAAGUUAUGAACAUUAUUAAUUUUAUAGAAUUCCAAUAGAUUUGUUUAAGGGAUGGAGCUUAAAGAAUCUAGAUAUUUUUCAAGCUUUACUUAUUGUGUUUGAAUUCAUAGCUACUGUUCUUUAUUCAUUCCAGCCUGGUAAUUUUGAAUAAAAUGUGUUUUUAUUUACUGCUUUCAAAUAUUAUAUUCACUUUUAGUGAUUUAAGAGAAAAUUGAUUUAAGAUUCAAUAUGUGAGGGGGAAGGAAACAUUCUUAAUAAUUUUAUAGAUUUGUGAAAAAGCAGAGGAAAAAAUUAUCUUAUUCUAGACACUUAUUGAUAUGUAUGAAAUGCAGCCUUCAAAUAUGAUUUGUUUAACUUUUAUAAAACAUCUGUAAAAAUAAUAAAUAAAUAAUUCAGUUUUGA